AUGGAGAAAGUCAAGUAUCGUUGUCGAUCUGUCCACCCUCUUACUUGCAAUGCCAUGGUCCUCACCGGGCUUAUUGUGGACGCACAUCUAGAUGAAAUCGUAUUGAGGCAGACAGCGACUCAGCUGGUGAAGGCGUGGCCCGUCUUGGGAGGGCAGCUUUACCGGUCGGGCCUCCCGUAUACACUUUCCACUGGCUCGACUGUCGACCUUGCAAGUCGGACGCUUCCCAAAGGUGCAACAUCCUGGAAGCAUGGCGUGCUCCAGUCUAGAGAAUGCAACCAACCGACGGUUAUUGACGCCCUCGACCCUGAAGAACUGGAUGCUGCUUUCAUCUUCAAUGUACCUGCCAGACCUGCGAAUACAUUCCUCAUCCGCGUCACGCUUCUCCAGGACGCCACCCUACUUUGCUUUGGCAUCAGCCAUCAUCUGGCCGACGGCACUGCCGCCUACGACGUAAUUCGGGCCUAUUGUGACCUGCUCGCGGGUCGGCCUAUCACAUCUCCGCUGCUACCACCCGAUGCUUGUGGUCAUCGAAUGUCCGACCGAGUGAUACUCAACGACGCGCAGGAAAGGUUGGUUCGAUCCAUAACCUAUGCAGAGCAUCUGUCCAACUUCACCAUUGGGUUCUGGUCGAUUCUACUACUGAUAGUGAGAGUGGUCUGGUGUCUACUGCUGCGCAAGCUAUGUCUGCAGGAAACCUUGGAGGAACGGUACAUUUACCUGCCGGAUAACUGGGUAGGCGCCAUGCACAGACGAGCACUCGCUGCUUUCGCCGCCGCGCCUGUGGGUGCCCAGCCGACCAGGAACAACGUCAUUAAUGCAUGGUUCCUCAAAACGGUCUAUGGUCCCCUUCCGAGCAGUCGAGCUGACAUGUAUUUCUAUGGUCCGCUCAGCUAUCGGCGUGUGGUUAAACCUCCCCAGCCAGGGACCUACUGGAUUCAUAACAGCAUCGGGCUAUUGCGGCACAAGCUGUCGGUGUCUCAGAUCCAGAAUGAGCCCGUAGCCAUGCUAGCAGGCAGGCUCCGUUUAGCCAGCUUGCGAUAUACCUCUCCGGCGUCCAUCAAGGCGUUCCUGCGCAUGUGCGAGGAUCAUGUGUCGCAAUGGAUGUUGCCUAAAAUUCCCGCGAAGGGAAGGAUGCCGAUGGUUAUGAUCACCACGUGGACAAGUUUCGAUUUCUCAAGCCUGGACUUUUCUGGAGCUGCAUGCGAUCAGAGCAAACCAGUCAGAGUUCUCUUCGUGCACCCCCUUGUGCGGAGCCUACGACAGGGAGUGUGGCCAUCGGCAUAUACGCUGAAGUGUGCGCAGGAAGGUGGGUACUGGCUGCGAGCCUGGAACACUCCAUCGGGAUGGAAGGAAUCCAGUCAAAUGGUGAAUGUCGAUGCUCUAUGA